AUGGCCUUGAUGCGCCAGGUCUGGACCCUGACCAAGAAGAACCUUCUCAUCGUCCUUGUUCGCCAUGGCUUCUUCACCACCAUACGAGCCUUCCUGGCACCAAUAAUUUUUAUGUUUAUAAUUUCUUAUGCCAAGAACUUCUUCGUUCCCCCGAGUACUUUUGGCAUAGGCUCCCCUACGCCUAUACGAAGCCUCGAAAAUGCCCUCGCAGCUUCGACCGGAAACCACAACAAGGUGGUAUUCGUCAACAACGGGAACACUGGCGGAGAUAUAGAGUCGGUCAUCAAUGCCGUGUCUGCAAGAGUCGAGAAUGUUGGAAAGACUGUCGAGGUCGUGCAACGAGAUGUCGACCUGCUCACGAGCUGUGCCAGCUCCCUGCGCGGCGCAACCACGUGCUUUGGCGCCGCCUCCUUUCAUUCCUCGCCGACUGAAGGGAGUGAUGGAGUCUGGAACUAUACGCUCAGAAUGGACGGGGCUUUUGGGGAGAGGAUCUUCGUGGACAGCACAAGUAAUGACGUGGAAAUCUAUACACUCCCGUUUCAGCGCGCCAUUGACUCCGCUAUUGGGUCGUUGUCUGCAAAUGGUACUUCUGCAAGCCUCGGAUCAGGUUCGAUCGACGAGUACCCAUUCACCGAUUCGACCGCCGAGGAAAGGGCGGCCCUGAUCCGCCGGCUCUAUAUGGGCGCCCUCAUUAGUAUUCUCGGAGUGGCCUACUUCAUCGGGAUCUGCGGUGUUACUUAUCAACUCACCGGGCUGAUGGCCUCUGAACGGGAACUGGGCAUUUCGCAGCUGAUUGAAGCUAUGACUCCGACGAAACGAGCUUGGCACAAUCAGGCGGCUCGAUUACUCUCCAACCAUCUCGCGUUCGAUAUCAUCUACUUUCCUGGAUGGGUCAUUAUGGCUGCGAUUCUUCGAGCCCUGUCCUUUGUUCACACGAGCUAUGCUAUCCUCAUCAUAUACCACAUUCUGAUAGGCCUCGCGCUUUCCAGCUUUUCAAUCUUGGGCGCGAGCUUCUUCAGCAAGGCUCAGCUGUCAGGCAUCACGGUUACCAUGACAGCCGUCAUUCUCGCAAUUAUCGCUCAGGUUGCAGGGCCCUUCGACACAGGCGCCACGGCCGUCCUCAGCUUGCUAUUCCCGUCUAUGAACUACGUCUUCUUCAUCAUCCACAUGGCGAGAUUCGAACAAAAGUCAGUUGCCACGAACCUCAUCGACAGUGCGCCUAGUGGCUCAUCUUCGUUGCCUGGAAUUGUGUUCUGGGUCUUCCUUAUCAUCCAGAUCAUCGUCUUCCCGCUCCUGGGCGCUCUUGUCGAGAGAUGGCUGUAUGGCACCAUAUCGAGAGAAAGGAAGACGACUACGUCCUCGUCGGACCAUGCCAUCAUCCUCUCUAAUUUUUCCAAGCACUGGACGCCUAGCUGGCUUCGUAAGAACGUCCUUGGCAAAUUUGGGGUCGCAGUGCCUGAGACAGUGCACGCUGUCAAUGACCUCAGCAUCAAGGCUCGUCGCGGGCAGAUUAUGGUUCUCCUUGGAGCCAACGGCAGCGGGAAAAGUACAACCUUAGACGCGAUUUGUGGGCUUAACACCAUCACCAAUGGCUCCAUCGAAUUCGACGGAACGGGCGGCCUGGGCUUGUGCCCGCAGAAGAACGUGCUCUGGGAUGAGCUCACCGUCUACGAACACGUGAAGAUAUUCAACCAGCUGAAAGCAGCUGGCGCGAGAGACAGCAAAGAACAACUCGAGAAUCUCAUUCGAUCUUGUGAUCUCGGCCACAAGAUCAAGGCCUGGUCCGGCACUCUGUCGGGCGGUCAGAAGCGGAAGCUCCAGCUCGCAAUGAUGUUCACGGGAGGCAGUCGGGUGUGCUGCGUCGACGAAAUGUCAUCGGGCCUCGACCCGCUUUCAAGACGAAAGAUUUGGGACAUCCUCCUUGCCGAGCGCGGCGAGCGCACGUUCCUGCUGACAACACAUUUCCUGGAUGAAGCCGACGUUCUCUCAGACUACGUCGUUUUGUUGUCCCGGGGUAAUCUAAAAGUCAAAGGAACAGCUGUGCAGCUGAAGCAUGAGGUCGGCGUGGGCUACCGCAUAUCUGUUCCUAGGAGUCAGAAUUUCGUAGCCGCGGAGAAGGUUCGAAGGGACGAAACUGCUGACAGGCACGUAUACUGGUUCCCCGGUUCUUCCGAGGCAUCAAAAUUUAUUGCCGAACUGCGUUCGAGUGGUGUCAAAGAUUACGACAUAAUAGGCCCGACACUGGAAGAUGUUUUCCUCAAGUUGGCGGAGGAAAUGGGCGAUCACCAACUAGGAAGCGAUGCACCUCUUGCACUGAGGCCAGAAAGCACAUCGGACAAGCUUGAUAAGCCGCCCAACUCUGAUUCGUCGUCUGGAGAGGAGCCUGCGCUCCAGAUGUCUGAAGGGCGAGGGACGGGCAUAGCAAAGCAGACCUUGAUUCUGGUCCGUAAACGGUUCACCAUCCUCAAGCGGAACUACUUGCCCUAUUUGGCGGCGGUGCUCUUACCAGUGAUCACGGCCGGACUGGUGACAUUGUUCUUGGAUGGCUUUUCAGCCGUGGGCUGCGAUCCUGGAGCUCAAUCCAGCGCACCCGCUGUGUCUGAUCUUAGUUCCCUCAACAUUUCUCCUCUCAUACCGGUCGGCCCUUCCAACCUGAUAUCGGUUGACAUUUUGACGAACCGGACGGGCCUCAACGCGAGCUCUUUCCACCUCGUUGAUACCCUCGACGAGUUCAACGACUACGUCUCGAACAAUUUCCACAACGUAACUCCGGGCGGCUUCUUCCUGCAACCCGGCCAGGAUCCCGUGGCGACGAUGGCGUAUAUUGGAAACGGAGCAGUAAUAUAUGGUGUGCUUACGCUAAAUGCAAUUGGGAAUGUCAUCGAGCAGACAUCCAUCACGACGUCAUUCCAGCCCUUUGCAGUCCCGUUCGCUCCAGGUGCAGGCAAGACACUGCAGCUGAUAUUGUACUUUGGGUUGGCCAUGUCGGUGUAUCCGGCCUUCUUUGCCCUGUACCCUUGUGUAGAGCGGCUGAGGAAGGUGAGAGCAUUGCACUACAGCAACGGCAUCAGGGCCGGGCCUCUCUGGUUGGCAUAUCUGAUCUUUGAUUUCCUGUUCGUGUUGAUUGUCAGCGCCGUGGUAACUGGCAUCUUCGUCGGGGCAUCUGGCGUCUGGUAUGCACCGGGGUAUCUCUUCGUGGUAUUCUUCCUUUACGGCUUGACUUCCAUACUCCUCUGCUACGUCGUCUCCCUAGUCACCAACUCACAACUAGCUUGUUUCGCCACAGCCGCAGGAGGUCAAGCCAUCUUCUUCCUUCUGUACUUCAUUAUGUACAUGAGCAUACUCACGUAUUCACCUGCCUACCGCGUCAACUCGGACCUGACCACUGCCCACUUUGCGUAUGCGACAAUCACACCUGCAGGCAACCUACUGCGUUCGCUGCUGCUGACGCUCAAUGAAUUCUCGCUUCUCUGCCGCGACACCUCGAUCGCGUCAUAUCCGGGAGCACUCACCGUAUAUGGUGGACCAAUACUUUACCUCCUUGUCCAAGCGCUUUUUCUCUUCACCGUCCUUGUCUGGUGGGACAGCGGGUACAAGCCAGCAUUCCUGACCAACCUUAGCCGCCGCGUGCGCACCCGCAAGUCCACCAUUACCGACACCGACACCGAGAACGACGCCGCCCUCUCAACCUCCGCAUCCUCAGCUGUCACCGACCCCGCCGUCGCGACGGAGAUCAAGCGGAUCGACGCACAAGCCCCGCCCGACACGGACAGCCUGCGUGUGCAACACCUGCACAAGCUCUUCGGACGCACUAAUCACGCGGUCCAAGACGUCACGUUCGGCGUGCCGCGCGGGCAGGUCUUUGCGCUGCUGGGCCCCAACGGUGCAGGAAAGUCGACGACGAUUUCCCUGGUUCGCGGCGACAUCCGACCGUCUCGUGGAGUGGAUGGCAGCCACUUCGGCGAUGUCUUCAUCGAGAACCUCUCGAUAACCGCGCAUCGGGCCUCCGCCAGACAGAACCUAGGAGUGUGCCCGCAGUUCGACGCCAUGGACAGCAUGACCGUGCGGGAACACCUGCGGUUCUAUGCAAGUGCUCGGGGUGUGUCGAAUGUGCAAGCCAACGUGGAGGCGGUGCUGAUGGCCACGGGACUGGUGAGGUUCGCGGACAGGCUUGCGCAGAAGCUGAGUGGUGGUAACAAGCGCAAGCUGAGCUUGGGUAUCGCGCUUAUGGGUAACCCCGCGGUGCUGCUUCUCGACGAGCCGAGUUCUGGCAUGGACGCGGCCGCGAAGAGGGUCAUGUGGCGUACCCUGCUCGGUGUCGCUGCGCCUGGGCGAGCACUGUUGAUAACGACGCACUCGAUGGAGGAGGCGGAUCGGCUGGCGACCAGGGUGGGUAUCAUGAAGAGGAGGAUGCUGGCUCUUGGGACUGGCAAGGAGCUAGGUGAGAGAUGGGGCGAGGGAUUUGUCGUGCAAAUUGUGUUGAAAUCUGCGCCGGAGACGACCGAGGCCGAGAUGGACCAGGUGAAGAACUGGAUCAGCGAGAGGGUCAGAGGUGUCGAGUUCGAGCGAUGGGGCGCGAGAGGUGGAGCACAUGGGCUGUUGAGAUUCAGGGUGAGGAAGGACGGUAUGGUCGGUGGAGGGAAGGAAACUGAAAAGAUUGGUGGAAACGUCGUCCAAGACGAAAUCGAUAUGAAAGGGGACACCAGCGGCGGCGGUACGCCAAAUGGUGGUCCAGCUGACGCGCAGGGUCUGGAUACCCCCGGGCUGAUUGAGCUCUUCGAGGCUAACAAGGACGUUCUGGGAAUUGAGUACUAUAGUGUGAGCCCGACAACGUUGGACGAGGUAUUCUUGCGGGUUGUCGGGAGGGAAGAGGAGGAUGAUCGAGGCGCAGCCACCACCAAGCAGUGGUGGAGGUUCUGGCGGUGA